ACUCGAUCGGGCAGGACUUCUGCGGACGGGACACGCGAUCUAGCACCUUCCUCGACCAUCGUCGAGAUGCAGCAGCGGAAGCUCGGUACCCAAGGUCUUAGCGUCUCGGCCAUCGGCCUUGGCGCCAUGGGCAUGACGGCCUUCUACGGCGACUUUGACCGCGAAGCCGCCGAAGAGACCAACAUCGAGACCAUUGGCAAGGCGCUCGAGCUCGGUGUCAACAUGAUCGACACGGCGUGGAUCUACCAGUCGUUCGGGAUUGACGGCAAGCCCAACGUCACCAAUGAGGCGCUCGUGGGCAAGGCCAUCAAGCGCUUUGGCCGCGACAAGUUUGUCAUUGCGACCAAGUUUGGGCCAGGCAUUGCCGCCGACGGCAAGAGCUUUGUGAGCGGCAAGCCCGCGCACAUUCGCGAGCAGCUCGCGCAGUCGUUGGAGCGUCUCGGCGUCGACUCGGUCGACCUCUACUACAUGCACCGCAUGGACCCGUCGACGCCAAUCGAGGAGACCAUGCAGUGCCUCAAGGAGCUCGUCCUCGAAGGCAAGAUCAAGUACGUUGGUCUGUCCGAGUGCUCGAGCGACGAGCUACGCCGCGCCCACGCCGUGCACCCGGUCUCGGCCAUCCAGAUGGAGUGGUCGCUCACGACGCGCGACCUCGAGGCGACUGUCGUCAAGACGGCGCGGGAGCUCGGCGUUGGCAUCGUGGCCUACUCGCCGCUCGGCCGCGGCCUCUUGACGGGCACGAUCACGGCGCUGGCGGAUCUCUCGGAGAAGGACCGCCGCCUCCACAUGCCUCGGUUCCGCAACGGCAACUUUGAGAAGAACGUGCCCAGCUCCUUCUUCGACCUGGCGGCGCGCAAGCAUGUGACGCCGGCGCAGCUCGCGCUCGCGUGGGUGCUUCACCGCGGCGAAGACGUCGUUCCGAUUCCUGGCACCAAGUGCGCGACGCGUCUGGCCGAGAACGCUGGCGCGGCGGCCAUCCAGCUCUCGGGCACCGAGCUCGAUGAGAUCGAGCGAGCGAUUCCGGGCGCCGCCGGUGACCGCUACGACGAAGCCGGCAUGCAGGCCGCGUUCAACGCCCGUGAGCUCUAA